CGUUUAGACGUAAUUAAUGCCUACAAAUACUUCUAUCAUAACCUUGAAAUGUUCAGCAACAAUCAUUUUCUUAUAUGUCUUCCCCUCUGGAGCCCUUGUUUUCAAUCCAAGAUACCAUGGCGGCUGUGAGCAAAAGCUCUGAGGAGAAGCACGUGGCCAUCUUGGCAUUCCCCUUCGGCAGCCACCCCGUUGUUGCUCUAAACCUGCUGCGUAAGUUAGCACCCGCAGCCCCAAACAUUCAGUUCUCGUUCUUAAACACAGCGAAGUCCACCCACUCACUCCUCUCAAAAUCAACUGCCGACGACGACGUUCCACAUAACAUAAAGUUCUACCAAGUGCCGGACGGAGUGCCGGAGAAUCAUGUGCUUACCGGAAAAAACCCUGUAGAGGCUGUUAACCUUUUCCUCAUGGCCACGCCCGACAACCUCAAAAAGGGUUUAGAAAUGGCAGCGGCGGAGACCGGCAAGAGAAUCACCUGCUUGCUCUCCGACGCUUUCUUGAGUGCUUCUGCUGCGGCGAUUGCGGAGGAUAUGGGUGUUCCGUGGGUCCCCACUUGGUACUCUUUCCCAUGUUGUCUCUCCGCUCACGUAUACACCGACCUCAUUCGCCAGCUUUGUGUUAGCAAUGGUUGUAGAACGCUGGAUUUUAUUCCGGGGUUUUCCGCCAUGCGCGUUGCCGACUUGCCGGAGGAGGUGCUGGUCCCGGCGGGUGAAGAAGAGUCGCCUUUCUCACGCACGCUGAGUCAAAUCGGAUCGGUGCUUCCACGAGCUACUGCUGUCGUGGUGGGUUUUUUUGAAGAACUAAACUCCCCCCCUCUCAAUCAUGACCUUAAAUCAAAGUUUCAGAAUGUUUUUUACGUGGGCUUUCUCUCUAUGUCACUGCCAGCCCCGUCUUCGCAACCGUCGAGCUCGGAUCUAACCGGCUGCCUGUCGUGGUUGGACGAUAGAAAAUCUGGGUCGGUCGCAUAUGUUGGUUUUGGAACCUUGGCUUCGCUGCCACAUGAGGAGCUAGUAGCAGUGGCGGAGGCGCUGCAAGCGAGUGAAAUUCAAUUUCUUUGGUCUCUUAAUGAAGAGUCAAAGGAACUAUUGCCGAAAGGGUUUCUUGAGAAGACGAAGACGCAUGGAAAAGUAGUGCCAUGGACGCCGCAAACACAAGUGCUGGCGCAUGCUUCUGUAGGGGUGUUUGUGACACACUGUGGAUCAAACUCCAUUUGCGAGAGCAUUGCAAACGGGAUUCCGCUCAUCUGCAGGCCGUUCUUCGGCGAUCAUUACAUGAUUGGACGGAUGAUAGAGGAGUGGGGGAUUGGUGUGAGAGUUGAGGGAGGUGCAAUCACAAAGAAUCGGUUGCUCAAGAGCUUGGAACUCGUUUUGGGACAUGAAAAAGGUAAGGUGAUGAGGGAGAAGUCGCAAGCCCUCAAAGAGCUGGUUUUAAAAGGUGUUGACAGUGCUACACAAGACUUCAAUAGUUUGGUUGAUUUAAUAUCUGCAUCUUAAAGUUUUAAGUGGUCCAUGGUGCAUGGCAUCCAUUAUUGCUCUUAUGCUUUCUACAUAUAUGUUGAAUAAAAUUUGAUAGAUCACUUUUGCUUGUCA